GGGACAGGCAGUAAACUAGAAAAAGAAGUCAAGCAGGGUAAAAGGGGAUGGAGAUGAAGUAGGUCAGACAGGGCAGGCCUCACAGGUGCGGGGAGAGCGGCCCAGGAGGGGACAGACUCUGAAAGGGAGAGAGGUGGUGUUUCUGGGGAACAAGGAUCUGGGGCUUCUUUCGCCACGAGGCUCCCCUUAAAAGCUCUGUCUGGCCAACGUCUUCCCUACCGCCAAGCCCCCGGAGGCAGCUCUAACAGGCGCCGCGGGAGAGCCACGCCAGGAGCCCUGCUCGCCGCCUCCCCCCGCCACCCCCCCCAGGGCGCUAAAAGUCGCGCGGAACCAAAGUCCAGCGGGAAACACGACCUAGCCGACCGCGGAGGGGAGCGCCCACCGGAAGCAGCCCGGAGACUCGAACAUGGCGGCCGCCCGGUGCCUGCGCUGGGGCCUGAGCCGAGCCAGGGCCUGGCUGCCCCCGCACUGCCCCCGUCGGGAUCUGCACAAGCAGGUAGUCGGCACCGAAUUCCAGAGCAUCUACAGCCUGGACAAGCUCUACCCGGAGUCGCGGGGCUCGGACACCGCGUGGAGGGUCCCGGAUGACGCGAAGCAAGCCAACAGUGACAUUCCUCUAGAUCGCUUGACAAUAUCUUAUUGUCGGAGCAGCGGACCUGGAGGCCAGAACGUUAACAAAGUGAAUUCGAAGGCUGAAGUCAGGUUCCAUUUGGCCACUGCCGACUGGAUCGCAGAGCCGGUGCGCCAGAAGAUGGCCAUCAUGUACAAAAACAAGAUCAACAAGCUGGGAGAGCUGAUACUCACCUCUGAAUGCAGCCGCUACCAGCUCCGAAAUCUGGCAGAUUGCCUGCAGAAAAUUCGAGACAUGAUCGCCGAAGCCAGCCAGACGCCCAAGGAACCAUCCAAAGAAGAUGCUGUACUGCAGAGAAUCAGGAUAGAAAACAUGAAUCGGGAAAGGCUGAGAAAGAAGAGAAUAAAUUCUGCCAUAAAGGCAAGCAGGAGGGUAGAUAUGGACUGAAAUCACCCUCCAGAGAGGCAGAGACCCUCCGCAGGAUGCCAGGCAGCCGGCGGGAGCUCGAGUGCUGCCAGGAGACGGCCUUGCUGUUUGCGGUUUUAAUGCCUGUCUCUAACAUUGGAGCCAUCGGAUUGUUCGUUCAGAAUGAGGGUGGCAGGCGCUGGAGUCAAAGGUCUUUACACCAUGUUGUCACACCUCACUUAUCCACUUCGUGUAUCAGCUGCAAUAAAAUUCUAAAUGCAGGGGCUUCCCUUC